GUCCCCAUGUGGCGGACGCUGGCCCUCGCCUCCGCCUUCUUCCCGGGGCUCUUCGCCCUCUGCAUCCGGUUGCUACGCUGGGCCGCCCCGGGAUGGAGCCUCAAGGACCGCAUCCUCCUCAGCGGCAGGUUGGUGUCAACGGUCCAAGCCACGAUGGCAACCGUGUCGGGGAUCAUGGUUGUCCUUAACUGCAAGGACGUGGUGUAUGACAGGCACUGGCUGGCCGUCGAAUACGUCUGGGUCCUCGUUCCCUACAUGACCUACGACAUUUACGUCAUGUACCUCUGCCACUGGCACAAGAGCCGGGAGAGGGGAGUCGCGGAGAAGAAGCACUCGCUGCCCAGCGUGCGGAGUUUCCUCCUGCAGGAGCGGCUGAUGGUGACCCACCACCUCUUCAUCCUUGUCGUGCUCACCCCUGUCACCCAGCACUUCAGGGGAGAGCUGGGGGACUUCUUCGUGGGCUGCAUCUUCAUAGCAGAGCUGAGCACGCCUUUCGUAUCGCUGGGCAAAAUCCUCAUGCAGCUCAAAAUGCAGGACACGCUCCUGCACAAGGUGAACGGGAUCCUCAUCCUGGUGACCUUCUUCCUCUGCCGUAUUCUCCUCUUCCCCUUCAUGUACGCGGCCUACGCCAGGCAGGUGGGCAUCCCCGUUUACAUGGUGCCUUUCCGCAUCCCCCUGCACUGCAACAUAGCCAACGCCUCCCUCAUCGCCCCCCAGCUCUACUGGUUCAGGCUCAUCUGCCGCAAAGCCGUCCGACUCUACGGCAGCUCGCCCGCCGACAAAAGCAGAUAACGGCCGGCAGCGGCAGCCCAGCGCGGGGGCUGGAAAAGGGUCAGCCCCCCCCCCCGGCUCUUCUGCCUUCACUGCUAGUGCUGCGGGGACCAGCGCAGGAGCAGAGCGGCGGAAGCAGCAAUGCCACUGGACUGUUUUAGCUGGAAGCAGCCUCACCGUCUCCACCGCCGUGCCAGGCAGCACCAGCCCGGGCUAGGAAGGCUUUCUUCCCAUGCCGCUCCAGUGCCUUGUGUCCUCCCACUCGCGGGAGCUGGGCUAGGAGCCAGACCACAAGCACAACAUUCCUUCUGGGAUUCAUCGCUGCGGCACCGAACUAACGGUUACAUGAGAGGGGCUUGGUACAACCCCUGCCCCACGUCUUCCAGGGCUGACACCAGACACCGGCACUGAGCUUGGCGAGGCGGGAAGGAACCUGCAGCCCGGAGGCAGCAGCGGAGGUGAUGCUGGAGCGUGCCCAGCCCCAUGCAGCAGCACCGGGGACCGGAGGAGCUGUGUGCCAGACCUGCCACAGCCCUGACUCGCUCCUCUGGCUCUGGUUUACAGCCUCCAGCUGAGAGCAGAGGCAGGCCCCAGGGCUGCGGCACGGUUCUGCACAGCCUGUUCCUGACCUUUACUGACUUCGCCUCUACACUACCGCCGCGCUCAGCCUCUUACCUCCCACCACUGCUGGGCUCAAACUCAUUUAAGACUCCACUUAACCCAAAGGUGCUUUUCACUACAACUGUCUGGUACUGUGGCUGACAGUCCCAGGGGAGGGUGGCUCUGGGGUCCUCAGCAGGUUGGAGGGGAGAGAAGCUCACGCCAGGCCAGAGCAACGCUGGCAGGGCAGAGCGCCCAUGGCUGAAGGGCAGAGCGCCCAUGGCUGAAGGGCAGGAUGGGGACAGGAGACUGCUAAGUCCCUGUCUCUGGGCACUAUGCAGAGCCCUUCGUUGGCAGGGGAUGCAACUUUCAACCCCUUCCCCUAACUGCAGUUGCUUUUAUCUGCCCCGCAUCCCCACAGUGGGUAUUUGAAAGUCCGACUGGUGCACUGGCGUGGUUUAACCCCAGCCAGCAACUAAGCACCACGCAGCCGCUCGCUCACUCCGCCUCCCUCCCAGUGGGAUGGGGAGGAGAAUAAAAAAAAAAGUCGUGGAUUGAGAUAAGAAUGGUUUAAUAACUAAAGUAAAAUAUAAUACUAACAAUAAUAAUAAAAUAUGAUAAUAAUAGUAAUGAAAAGGAAUAGAACAAAAAAAAGGAAAAAACUAAAACCCAAGAAAAGAAAAAUUAGGCACAGUGCAAUUGCUCACUACCUGCUGACCGAUGCCCGAGCAGCGAUCUGCCCCUCCCGGCCAACUCCCCCCCAUUUAUAUACUGGGCAUGACGUUCCAUGGUAUGGAAUACCCCUUUGGCUAGUUCGGGUCAGCUGCCCUGGCCGUGCUCCCUCCCAGCUCCUUGCACACCUGCUUGCUGGCAGAGCAUGGGAAACUGCAAAAUCCUUAACUUGGGAUAAGCGCUACUGAGCAACAACUAAGAUAUCAGUGUGUUAUCAACAGUAUUCUCACACUAAAUCCAAAACACACUGUACCGGCUACCAAGAAGAAAAUUAACUAUCCCAGCCCAAACCAGGACGCACCCCCUGCCCUGCUCUCCCUCCAGCCGACAGCCCUGGCAGCACCCCAUGCGUAGCGGUACAGCCUGAGCUCUGGUCGUAUGGUCCAUCCCUCCUGCCCCAUCCCACUCCCCUGCGAGGCGAGGUCUGCCAGGGAACCGGGUCAGUGCAGGAGGAACAAGCAACCCCAGAGCAGGGCGCCGAGCUGUGUCCUUCACCAGUUCAGCCCAUUUCCACCUUCAGUCACAGGAAAACGGCUACAGGCUUCCCAGCCCGCCCUGCACCAUGGGGUUCACGAGCCUCGCGGGUGUGUGCAAGUCAGACAGCAGCAGUUCAGUUCCUUCCCUGCAGCCAGCGCAAGCCAGGGCAGCCUCCUCCUCCUCCUCCUCCUCCCUGCAGCCUCCCAUGCUUGCCUGGGGGUCCCCUGCUCCAGGGCAGGUACUGCACCAGCGUGGCCCCAGCAGCCCCCCUGCAGCCACCCGUGCUGGGAGACCUGUGGCUGCUUGGUGCCUUUCAUUCUGUCUGAAAACAACAGCUGAGCUCUGGGAGCCCUGGUUCUUUCGGGUGUCGGAUCUUGUCCCAGCCACGGCUGUAUUCUGGAAAGAGUAAAAUAAAGGGCCUCUUCCGACACGCGGUCGGUUAUUGCAGAAACACUACUGUUACAUUAAUGGUCGAGACCAGCUGAUGUUAUAAACCGCCUGCAACCUGUUGCAGAUGUUUGUAUCUCACCGUUUUCAUUGCAAAUAACGUGCCUUAUGUAAGGACAAAAAAAAAAAAAAGCCAAUGAGGCAUCUCAGUUUGCACUAACACUGCCCUAUUUACUGUCAGAAGACCAAUAAAGAUUUCCCUUCCGAGUCAC